AUGGAGCCAAACAACAGAACAACACAUACGGUAACAGAAUUCCUCAUCACAGGAUUGGAUGAAGUACAACACCCAAAGCUGGUGGGAGCAGCCAUUUUGUUGGUCCUCUUUCUCAUUCUGAUCGGAAGCAUCACUAACAUUUGUGUCAUAGCAUUCAACAAACCUCUGCAUACCCCCAUGUACUUUUUUAUUUGCUCGCUGGCAAUGGUAGACAUAGUCUUCUCCAGCGGCACUAGUGUUACAAUGCUUAACGUUCUCCUUGGUGAGGAGAGAAGAAUCCCCUAUGCACCCUGCAUGAUACAGUGCUUCUUAUUUCAUUUUGGAAGUUCUAUGGAACCCUUCGCUAUUGCUCUGAUGGCUUAUGAUCGCCUUAUUGCAAUUUCAUAUCCUCUUCGAUAUCACACUAUCUUAACUAAUACAAAUGUAUGUUUACUUAUAUUAGCCAAUUGGGCAGUAGGCUGCAUGCUUGCCAGUUUGUUGACUGGCUUGGUGAACAAUCUGCCCUUCUGUGGCUCAAAUAAACUCCCAUACAGCUUUUGUGAAUAUGCAGCAUUAGUAAGAGCAGCUUGUGUGAAUCCUACAUAUUAUUUCAAUGCAAUUUCUGCUUUGGCGACUGCCAUAUUAUGGGUUAAUUUAGCCUUGAUAAUCGUCUCAUACAUGAAGAUAGUUUAUGCAGUGAUACAAAUGUCUUCAUCCAAAGACAGGAGGAAAACAUUUAACACCUGUGUCUCCCACAUGAUAGUGGUGGCUUGCUUCUUUAUCCCCAAGGUGUUGUUAAUAUUGGUCACCAGGGUUGGUUUGGUUCUCACGCUCUCUCAUAGAAAUGGCCUAGUCAUUGGCUCUUCUCUGGGCCCCUCUCUUGUGAACCCACUUGUUAAUACCGGCAUUAGAUUCAGCACUGAUUUACAUUUUGUUAUUAUCAUGUUGUAUAGCCUGCUCCCUCCUAUGAUCAAUCUACUGAUAUACUGUUUCAAGACAAAAGAUAUAAAACAGAGCUUGAUGAAAAGAUUCAAAAGAUGA